CGAGCAGCGCCCCCCCCCCCCGCCCCUGCGCCGCGCUGGCGUCGUCCUCGUCCCCUUCGCCGCCCCCCGCGCGCGGCCGGGCCUUGCCCCCCAUGGUGUCCCGGCCCGAGCCGGAGAGCGAGGCCAUGGACGCGGAGCUGGUGGUGACGCCGCCGGGCUGCUCGCACCUGAGCAGCUUCAAGGUGGACAACUGGAAGCAGAACCUGCGGGCCAUCUACCAGUGCUUUGUGUGGAGCGGCACGGCGGAGGCCCGCAAGCGCAAGGCGAAGUCGUGCGUCUGUCACGUUUGUGGAGUCCACCUGAACAGGCUUCACUCCUGCCUGCACUGUGUCUUCUUCGGCUGCUUCACAAAGAAACAUAUCCACGAACAUGCCAAGUCCAAGCGGCACAACCUGGCCAUAGAGCUUAUGUAUGGAGGCAUCUACUGCUUUUUGUGUCAGGACUACAUAUAUGACAAAGACAUGGAGAUCAUUGCCAAAGAGGAGCAACGGAAAGCUUGGAAAAUGCAAGGCGUUGGGGAGAAGUUUUCAACUUGGGAGCCCACCAAACGGGAGCUUGAACUGCUGAAACACAACCCGAAAAGGCGAAAGAUCACCUCCAACUGCACCAUAGGUUUGCGGGGGCUGAUCAACCUUGGCAACACCUGCUUCAUGAACUGCAUCGUCCAGGCGCUCACCCACACGCCGCUCCUGCGAGACUUCUUCCUCUCCGACAGGCACAGGUGUGAGAUGCAGACCCCCAGCUCGUGUCUGGUCUGCGAGAUGUCGUCGCUGUUUCAGGAGUUCUACUCGGGGCACCGUUCCCCCCACAUCCCCUACAAGUUGCUGCACCUGGUGUGGACUCACGCGCGGCACCUGGCGGGGUACGAGCAGCAGGAUGCGCACGAGUUCCUCAUCGCCGCUCUGGAUGUCCUGCACCGGCACUGCAAAGGUGACGAUAACGGGAAGAAGGCCAACAACCCCAACCACUGCAACUGCAUCAUAGACCAGAUCUUCACGGGCGGGCUGCAGUCGGACGUCACCUGCCAAGUCUGCCACGGAGUCUCUACCACCAUAGACCCCUUCUGGGACAUCAGUUUAGACCUGCCUGGCUCCUCCACCCCGUUCUGGCCCCUGAGCCCCGGGAGUGAGGGCAGCGUGGUGAACGGGGAAAGCCACGUAGCAGGAACCACUACGCUCACGGACUGCUUGCGGAGAUUUACCCGACCGGAGCACUUAGGAAGCAGUGCCAAGAUCAAGUGCAGUGGCUGCCAUAGCUACCAGGAGUCCACGAAGCAGCUCACCAUGAAGAAGCUGCCCAUUGUAGCCUGUUUUCAUCUCAAACGAUUUGAACACUCGGCCAAACUGAGGCGGAAGAUCACCACGUACGUGUCCUUUCCCCUGGAACUGGACAUGACGCCCUUCAUGGCGUCCAGCAAAGAGAGCAGGAUGAACGGACAGUACCAGCAGCCAACGGACAGCCUCAACAAUGACAAUAAGUACUCCUUGUUUGCCGUAGUUAACCACCAAGGGACCCUGGAGAGUGGCCACUACACCAGCUUCAUCCGGCAGCACAAGGACCAGUGGUUCAAGUGUGACGAUGCCAUCAUCACCAAGGCCAGCAUUGAGGACGUGCUGGACAGUGAGGGGUACCUGCUGUUCUACCACAAACAGUUCCUGGAAUAUGAGUAGCCUUACCUGCAGCUGGUCCACAGAAAUGGGGGCGAUGCGUUGGCCAGCCUCACAAAACGAUCCCCGUCCUCCCCAACUUCAUGAAGCCACCACCCAAACAGAAGUGCCCCCGAGAGCAUCGGAUUCCUGUGCAGCCUGGGCCCAGCGGCGCGGGCAUGGCGGGUGCCCCGGGUCGCGGUGUCUGCGUGGACAGGCGCUGGGCUCCGAACGAGGCUCCCAGACCCGCGCGACGGACACAGCGGCGUGGGGGCUGGGCCCUGCAUGGGGAGGGGCACCGGGGACGUGUCCCUGGGCGUCUCCUGUGCUCCUCAAGACCACGUGCAGGGGGUGGGGGUGGGGGGGUGGGGAGGAGUCUGUCCUGUGGCUUCGGUUUAGCAAGGCGCCAGCCUGGUUUCCCGUCGUGGGUCCGUUAAAGCAGAGAAGUACAGGAGCCAGAGACGUGUGAGGACAGAGGACUUCGCAAGUACCUGCGUCGCUGUGGGUUUAGUAUCAGAUAGCUAGCUGGGACUCUUAGCCUCGUCUCGUCAGCAGAUAGAAGGACCCCCUCCGCCCAGCCCGCGGGACCGAGGACACUAAUGGGGGCUCCCAAGCACGUCUGCUGCGCAGAUCACUUAGCAUCCAGCUGCAUGGGGAAGCGUCAGCCCGGUGUUCUCUCUUGCCUUUUUUUUUUUUUUUUUUUUUUUUUUUUUUGGAAAUAGGCACUUUCUUAGCCCUCUCCCCUUUUCUCUUUUUCCACAAUGGUGACUUUCAUAAACGUAAUGGUAGUAAUGUGAACGAAUUAUUGGAUUUAUACAUUUAGAUCGUUUUCCUUUAUACUGGAGAGUGAAUCUUGCUUUUUCAUUGGUGCUGGUUUUGUUGCUUGCCCCCCCCCCCCUUCCCUUCCGAAGCGUCCGGGUCCUGGUGAAGGCUGGCGGGGGCGGCAGACGAGUCAGGCCGAGGCUAAUAAGUGUCUGUGUCCUAUUAACCUUUCGAGUAAAUGAAGUGUUUCAGUGGCUUCAUUGUUCCCUUCCUCCUGUUUGCUUCCUGGCCACCCGGCCCGCUCGCUGUCCCUGUGGCUGCGUGGCGGCUCGUGGGUCGGGUGGAUGCUGGAGCGGCUUCCACGGGAGCCUGCCUUUGGUCGCUGCUGCCUCCGCACUCCGCCGGGUGUAGUUUCACGCGGAGCAGGGGCAGGUGGCUCUGCGCGGGAGCUGCUGGGAAGAGGGAGCAGCCGCGCGAGGAGAUGGAACAGUUCGCCUUGUUCCUUGUAAGAUAUCCUGCAUGCAUCUGUCUGUUCAAACCCAAACUUCAAUUGUCCGUUUCUGUGGGGGAGGAAAAGCUGCUUGAAUGUCGUUCCCGAAACAGGCAGCAUUUGUCCUGGGAGCCCGGUCUGCAUCGGAGCUGUGGAAUGUUCGUUCCCACAGAAGAGAACCCUCUGUUUGAGGUUCAGCACUCUUUCUUGUUUCCUUCCCUUUCCUUUCCUUUCUUUUCUCUCUUUUUUUUCUUUUUUUGUUUUGUUUUUCUGAAGAGCCAGGUAGUAAAUAUUUGAGGCUUCAUGGGCCACGUGGUGUCUGCCGUAGCUAAUACAGAAACAGAUGAGCAUGGCUGUGUUCCAGUAAAGCAUCUUACGGAUGCUGAAAUGUCAUGGAAUUUUUUUUUCUCUACUUAAAAAUGUGCAAACUAUUCUGAGCUGGUAGGCCAUGUAAACACAGCCAGUGGGCCAGAUCUGGAAGUGGGUAGGAACAGCAGAAGUUGAGUAGUUACUACUCAGUGUGGAACAUGAUAGAAUACACGAAACAACAAGAGUAUGCUGCAGCAGCAUCAUACUCGACAAAGUCCUUAGUGAUGCAGCUUUUAAAGCACUUGCUCAGUUCAGGCUCAGUGUAUUUCUGCAUUUUGGGAAUACGCAGGAGUCAUCAGAAAUACCGGUGGGUGCAAAUUUUCAGAAAUGGUCCCCCAUGCCUGAGGGGUGUGUGUGUGUGUGAGUGAGUGAGACCGUGUUGUGAAGAUUUCUUUUUGGGAGAACCAUUGCCUUUUAAUAAGGAGCAAAUCAAACGAGGAGCUGCCUGAAGCAGGCCUGCAGAGUUCUGAGCCGUGAGCUUUGCUGCCUUGUGACCUGGCUUUACUGGAUCAUCCCGGGUUUUCUGGCAGGUUCCCUGUGGUCUGGCCUGUCUUGCUUCCCACAUGUGUGUCUGCUCAUGUUCAGGAGAGCUCACCUGUUCCCAAGAGCAUGAGGUCUGGGGACAGACAGGCCACGUUUCUCUUUUGUAGACACGACUUUUAACUUUUUGUAUCCAAAAUAAUUGUCGGUAUUCCCUGUUGGCACUGGCGUUGCAAGUCGUCACCUGUGUCUGUGCCACUGGGAAGCUCCUGUGACCACAAGCACCGUGGGCAAUGUUGCCACAGCAGGACAUCCUGCCGCUGACAUGGUCGCUGGGAUUCACCCUGUUACCCACAGAGUACUCCAUCCGGGGCCUGGGAAUGUUUCUUUUCGCUCCCAGGCCAGCUGUUAAAUUCAGGAACAUGGCUUUCUUGUUUCCUCCUAACAACCCGUGUAUAGGUGUUCAGGUCAUUACCAAGUGCGUCUGACACUAAUGGGAUCAUCAAGUGACCCCCACCAGCCUCCACACUCCCACCAGUGGUUUUAAAGUAACGUGUGUAUCUGAGAUGUUGGCUGUCCUUUGAGCGCAUCACAGGGAAACCGGGCUUUCUGUCUUCAGAGGUGGGCAGUGAGCUCCGAGCAGCGUCCGGCUGGGAGAGCGGGGGGCCCGGCGGGCAGCCCGAGCAGCCGGACCUCCCCUCCAGGGCGCAGGAUCGUCUGAGGCUUCCUUCCUGCGGCAACGCCCCCGACCCCACAACACAUAGCCCCGUGCUCUUGUCCUUUGGCUUGGUGUGUAUGCUUUCCCUGGGUCAAAUGGCCCUUCUUUUGACAAUUCAAGUGACUGUUUCGUUGACUAUAACCUUGAAAACAAAAAUUGUAAGAAAAAGAUUCCAAUGAUCGUGCUGUGGAUUUUAUUGCCAAGAUGUUUACACUUCUCUCUUACCUGUCAUUCUGAGGAACUGUUGACUCUUCUCCCUUAAUGGCUUGUAGUGUUUCGUAUGUCAUAAUAAAGCUACAUUUUCUUCGGAA